UGUGUGAGAGUAGUUUAGCGCGAGCCGUCCACGAGAUAACAGUGUGCGAGAUAAAGAUCUAACACGUUUACGGUUACUACUGAAUCUGUUACCCUAUGAAUAACGGUACGUGAUUUAUAUUCCACUAGGAUUAUACCAGUAUACCACAGUUACAGAUUUUAAAUAGAAGAUGAAGAUGACAAAUAGAGACGGGUAAAUAUCGCACAGGAGGAGAAAAAUAUUAAGUCAUUUAUGAAAUCGCUCAAGUCUACUUCUAUGAUUCUAUGAAAAUAUUUGUGUCUGGAUAAUAAUUAUAGGCUACAUGUAGUCUCUAUCGAUCAAGUUUGAUGCCUAAUCAAUUCAUACCAUGGAGUUACAGCGUUUUACGGACGUUACGCAAACGAAGAUAUUUUCUUGCGUUGUUCAGCGUUUUUGUGGUCAUGAUCCAGUUACUUGAUGUUGCGCCCCCUAGUGGAGAAAACUUUUACUUAACGCCAAACGGCAAAACUCAACGAGAUUCGAAAGCAGCUUAUUUGUAUACAUUCCCGUCCUGGUUGGAUAAUAAAGAUUCAGCCAAUCACCACAGUCGACACAUUCAGGGAUUUUACCGAGGAAUUCUGGGAAAAUUUGAAUCUUACCUACCAGAUAAAAUGGAGUCUGUGAAAAUAAAUUUGAAACAUAAAACAAAUAAAUUGUGCACAAUGAAUAAUUGUAUGGAGCAUCAUCAACUUUCAACCAAUCACAAAACAGAAAUAGAUUUAAACGUAGCCAGUCAGAUUGGUUCUGAUAAUUCUGUGUCUGAGGUAACUCCGCCUUCUGUGUAUAUUCCGUCACAGUUUUCACUAGUUCAAGAUGGCGCCGCGGGCGGUGCUAGUUUCUACGAACGUUAUUAUCAGAAUCACGCGAAAUCCAAGACAGAGUUGAAACUGCUAGAGAAUCAUGGAUUUUUACAGUUCUCGUACAAUGUUACGGCCAGUGAUCUCAUCCCUAUCAACAGACGUGUUGAAGAUUCACGACCACACAGUUGUCCGACCAUUGAUUCAUCGACUCCAUUUAAUGACACGGUCAGUGUGGUGAUAACAGUCCAUAAUGAGGCUAGAUCCGUCCUGAUUCGAACUUUGACCUCUAUUCUACGACAAACUGAUCUCAAUUUACUCCGUCAAAUUAUAGUCGUCUUUGACAACGAAACAGAUACAAGUUAUGUUGAAGAUUAUUUUAACGACAACAACAUCUUCCUAUUUCUUCACACAACACAACGAGAAGGUCUGGUACGAUCAAGACUAUUAGGUGCUGCUCAGGCUGAAGGAUCUGUAUUAAUUUUUCUUGAUUCACACUGUGAAUGUAAUAUCAACUGGUUAGAGCCAUUACUGCUAGCUAUUGCUCAUAACAGAAACAAGAUCGUUAGUCCAUAUAUAGAUACAAUCAGACCAGACACGUUUCAAUAUGUGCAGGCUCCUGCUAAUUUACAGGGUGGUUUUAACUGGCAUCUUGACUUCGUGUGGCAGGCGAUACCUUAUCAUAAAUAUACACAACGAUUAUCAUCAAAUCAACCAAUCAGAACUCCUACUAUAAGUGGUGGACUAUUUGCUGUUGAUCGAGAUUAUUUCUUUCGUCUUGGUUCCUAUGACGAUAAAAUGGACAUCUGGGGUGGAGAAAACAUCGAACUUUCAUUUAGAGCUUGGAUGUGUGGAGGUCUGUUGGAGAUUUUACCCUGUUCGAGAGUAGGUCACGUGUUCCGCAGCGUUCUGCCACACAGCUUCCCUGAUGGGGGACGACAGACGGUUGCUAGAAAUCUACGACGUGUAGCAGAAGUAUGGAUGGAUGAUUACAAAAAUAUAUUUUAUUCUUCUCUGAAUAUAGAUGAAGUAGAAGUAGGUGAUAUACAAGAAAGACAGACUUUACGUACCAGAUUAAAAUGUAAAAGUUUUAAAUGGUAUUUACAGAAUGUUAUACCAGAGUUACCUGUCCCUGACCAAUCAGAUCUCGCAUUCGGAGAGUUUCGUCAUCAGUUGUCUUUACAGUGCCUUACUGUCCAAGCAAAUGGAAGAAUAAUUCUCUCAGCUUGUCAAGGACAGAAAAAUACUCAGGUUUUUAGUUUGACUUCUCAUGGCAACCUUCACCUAUAUAACAGUAGUGAUGACAACAAUAGUUGCAUCCGGACAGACGAUAAGAAAUUAUAUCUAGGUGCAUGUGGUCACCAUAUAUGGAAAUUACAGGGUCAGCAAAUUCAGCAAACGGGAAGUGAAUUAUGUCUUGGAAGUGAAGAUCAUGAAAUUCCUUUACUUUUAACAUGUGACGCUCGACCUGAAUCAACAUGGGAUGUGACUUAUAAAUUUCAUCAUAAAAGAAACAUUGGUAGAUGAUGAAAGAAAUAUUUAUAGAUGGUUCAAAGCAAUAAUGUAUUAAUGAUCUCAUAUGAUACAUAGUCAAGUUUUAAAACGAUGAACAGUGUGACUACGUGGGUUCCCCCAUUUGGCAAAAGUAUUUACCACUAACAAUUCAAUGGGGACCCAUAGCAUGACAUGUUCUAGACAUUUGACGCCAAGUAUAAGAUACAUAACACUUGUCCUAAUAUUCAGCGCAAGUUUUAAGACAUUACCCAGUGAAAUUGUGAUGGCACAUUCAUCAAUCCAAACGUCACGAUACAUGUUAUUGAAGAUCGGCUUUCUAUUUUUGUUGUGAUAUUUCAAUAUAAUAAACAAACUGAAGUUGAAGUGCUAACCGAUUAGUAUGAUGUAAAACUAUAGUACCAGUAUUAUUUUUAAGAAACAUGGUGAUUUGAUUUGUUAAGAAUUUGUUCUCUGAUAAUAAGAUAUAGAGAAAUAAAUUGUCAUGGUUACUAUUCAAAGAGUGAUCAUCAUUACCAUUAUCGUUCUCAGACAGAAUUAUCUUCGUCAUCAUCACCAUAUUACUUCAUCAUUACAUCAUCAUCAUCAUCAUUUUCAUCAUCGUUAAUCAUCAUCGUUAAUCAUCAUAAUUAUGUUUCCAAGACAUCAUUUUUCCAGGGAAUCAUUGUUAUCUAUAGUCCAUCGUGAAUUUAGAAUAGAAUGUUCGGUUCGUUUCAAAUGAAUAAAAUAUUGUUUCAAUUAAAAUUAAAAUCAAUCAGGAAUCAUUAUCAAGGUUUAUGGUUUUAUUAUCAAAAUCAGCAUCAAUCAUCGAUAUUAUUUCCCUGCAUCAUUGUCACAAUCCCUUAUAUCUUUAUCAUUAUCAUCUGCGUUUAUAAUCCAUCUUGAAAAUCAUCAUCAUGAAUGUUUCUAUAUAUCAGCAUCACCAUUAAUUAUCAUUUCCCUGAGGACAUCAUUGUCACAAUCCCAGACAUAUCAUCACCAUCAUCAUCAUCAUAACUAUUAUUGUCAUCAUUUUUUGCCAUGUGUCAUUAUCAUCUAUUGUUUUACCGUUUCAUUUUGUUAUCACCCCCUUACAUUAAGCACAUUUUUACCCUUUCAUUUGUUGGUGAAUAUUAUCUCCCCUUUCCGUCCUAAGAUUAAUCAAUAUAUUUUACUAUUUGUCUUUCCUAUCUCUCUUUUCCAUCAUGGUCUUGAUUUUCUUUUACAGUAGUUGUAGGUUGCAUUUUCAUUCACACUCUCCAUUGUAAACAUGUAGUCCUUCUAAUCUCCUCUAAUUAUCCAUGUUCAUUUUCAUCCUUUUCAGAUUCCAUUUUCAUUUUUCCCAUUCAUCCAUUUUCAUUCCAUAAUUCCAUAACUCUUCAUUAUUCCACCUUUUUAUGUGCCAAUUAUUCCUGUUCAUUUCCCACUUCCACUUUCCUCAUUCAUUCCACUUAUUUUCAUUUUUCCCUCCCCAAUCCGUUUCUCUCAUUGUAUCGCUUGUCUCAUCAAAUCAUUCCCUUUCAUCUGCCCCAUUAUUCGUUUCAUAUUCCCGUUUUCAACCCCCAACAAUUCAUUACAAACCAACCCCCCUCCCCAACACACACAUAAACACCCUUUCAUCUUCAUCACAACCCCCACCCCCUCCCCAACACACACACACCCUUUCAUCUCCCUUUCAUUUUCCCCAUGUUAUCCCUCCGUUACACCAUGGUAUUUAACAUUGAAGCAAUAAAUUCAUGAACAGGGUAAUAUAAUUUACUUUUUAUAAGAAAAAGAAAGUUCUUUCAUAUUUUUAUAACUUGAUGUGUUUAUUGUUUAUUUAUAUAAUUAUUACUGUCAUAUCAGCAUAAUUUAUUGUAUAAUAUUGUCUGUUCUAUAUUAUUGUCUUUGUUUUUAACUUGUUGUUGUCGACCAUAGGUCAUCGUAUCCCAUUCUUUAUCAGUCUUUAUUAAAAUCACUUCAGAUCAGGGUAGGGUCUGGGGCAUUCACUAUUCAAGCUGUCCUAAGACAGGUGUCAAUUAACCACAGAACAACGUUCGGAUACAAGAAGACCACAGUGGCUUCACUAUAAUCAUUGCUGGAUUAUUUAUAAAAAAUUCUAUAUUUGUAACAACGUUUCGAAGAUUAUUCUCUCGUCUUUAUCUAGCAAAUAAUAAUAUAUUAUAUAAUUUGAACAAGCUAAAUAAUUAUUGUGCACUGAAUAAUGUUUAUGAAUUAACAAUGUGUUAAUAAAGCAGCAAUUGUUAUUACAUAAAUAGUUUCUAUUGUGUUACUGUUCAAUUACCAAAUGCCACUCAAAACAAUACUUCAACUUUCAUGUUUAGGAAUAUUAUACCCCUGUUUCAUCAGCCCCCACCCUCCCCUCGUCUGCCCCAUCUGGAUGAGUCCCAAACAAUAUAUAACAUAAACAUCUAAUAUAUCAUAUAUCCAAAACAUCUAUAGAAACCAGGAAAGUAAUUCUGUUUUAUGUAUUUUGUAAAUAUUAUUUGUAUUAAAAUGACUUGGUCAGUUUGUUGUUGUGUAUUUUGGAUUGUAUAUGUAUAUAUUACUGGAGUUAUUAUAAUAUUAUUCAUAUAUGACAAUAUAAUUGUAAACUCAUGAAUAAAAAC